AUGAAGAUCGAAAGCCGAACAUUUGUCAUAUCAGGAGGGCUCGUAUUCCCGAUGACCACUAAGACAUCUGGCCUCGGCCGCGCCUGCGUCGAGGACAUCUGCUCUAAAGGAGGCUACGCCGCUAUUCUCGAUAUGAACGAAGAGACCGCUGCAGAAGUCGUCAAGGUGGUUGGAGGAGGUAAAGCAAAAUUCUUCCAGGCGGAUGUGUUAGAGACAGAAAGUAUCGCGCAAGCUGUGAAGGGUGCAUUGAGCUGGGCUAAGGAGACGGGGAAGGAGGUCGGGGGUGUGAUUGCUGCUGCGGGGGUUGGCACGCCUGCUAAAAUCCUCGACCGAAACCUCGAACCCUUUUCCCUUUCCGACUUUGACUUCGUAAUGAACGUUAACGUCCGCGGCACCAUUGAUCUCAUCCGGCAGGUCCUCCCACAUAUGGCACGCGCCACUCCCGUCGGCGAAGACGGCGAGCGCGGCGUGAUCAUCAUGGUCUCAUCAUCUGCUGCCUUUGACGGCCAGCCGGGCCAAGUCGCUUACGCGGCCUCGAAGGGUGCUUUAGUGAGUCUGACGCUCCCACUGACGAGGGAUCUGGCGAGACAUGGCAUUAGGGUUGUUACUGUGGCGCCCAGUAUGUUUGAUAGUCGGAUGACGGCGAUGAUGAGUGAUAAGGUCAGGGCGAGCUUGAAGAGGGUCAUGGAGUUUCCUUUGAGACCAGGGAAGCCCCAUGAGUUCGCACAGCUUGUUACGCAGGGCAUUGAGAAUAUCAUGCUCAACGGGGUGGUGCUGCGACUGGAUGGCGGGAUGAGGAUGCCGAGUAAGAUGUGA